CAUUGAGAGAGUUGUUUACGGUAUGAUCAGCAAUGGAUUUCAUCAAAGCUGAAAUUGAGAGAAAAAAGCGACAAAUCGAGAACAGUAAUCUAUUAGCCCCCAACAAGAAGUAUUUCAAGCGUGGAGACCUAGCUGCCCAGCAGACGGCAGAGUACUGGAAGAAGAACAAGGCUCAGGAGGAAGAUGCUGAACAGAAGAGUCAAGAAUCAGGAGAUCAGAAGCCAGAAAAGAAGGAAGACAAGAAGUAUGAUCAACUGCCCAGGAAAGAAGUGAUCCGACGACUACGGGAGAGGAGUGAACCUAUUCGACUGUUUGGAGAGUCCGACCUUGAGGCAUACCUCCGUCUCAAGAAGUUGGAAACACAGGAACCAGACAUCAGAAAGGGUCAAGGAUUCGACAAUGACUUCAAGGCAGCUAUGGAUCAAGUGGACCAGGCAUACCUUAAUGAGAUCAUCAAAUCAUCAGAUGGAUCCCAGCUUUCUAAUGAUGUGUUCAUCAAAGAUGAUGGAACAACUGAGGAAGACAUACCAAAAAUGCGUGAGCAGCUUGGAAAGGGCGAUAAAGAUGAAGACCAGUUGAUUAUGUUGAGAUUUUUCAAGUACAUCAUGAAGAUGUGGGGGAGGAUGUUAAACAAUCGACAAGAGGAUGAUAAGAGGAUGAACAGAGGGAAGCUGGACAGUGCUCAGCACACACAGACUGUCGGAUAUCUGAAGCCUCUCUUUAGAAAACUGAAAAAUAAAAAUGUAGACGAGGACAUCCUAGACAGCAUGGUGCUGAUUGUACAGAGACUCAUGGACAAGGACUAUCUGGGGGCCAAUGAUUCGUACCUGGAGAUGGCCAUAGGAAAUGCACCUUGGCCUAUCGGAGUCACCAUGGUUGGCAUCCACGCUCGUACUGGGCGCGAGAAAAUCUCCUCAAGAUACGUGGCCCAUGUGCUGAAUGAUGAAACACAGAGGAAAUAUAUUCAGGGUUUGAAGCGGCUGAUGACACAGUGUCAGAAACUAUUUCCCACAGAUCCGUCUCGAAGUUUCAACUACAAGUGUCCAGUCUGAGCUCAUUCCAAACAAUACGAUAGCAUGUUCAGUAGAAAGGCCA